AGCUUUUUUCUUGAUCUGGUUAUGAACAGAGAGAUAAGAAAACAAAGACACUUAAAACUGUGAAAGAAAAAGAACUUGACAUGGUGAACUUUGUGGCUGCACUGAGGCCCAUGGUGAGUUGGCUAAUGAAGAUUGCGGGUCUGCAACCCUACACAGUGGAGAUCGAACCAGGCACGGUCAUGAACUUCUGGGCUCCCCUAGAGACCCUGAAGAAGAAACCCAGUAAAAAGGGUGACAAGCCCGCGGUGGUCCUGGUCCAAGGCUUCUUCUCUGACGGCAUAAUGACUUGGCUGUUCCAGGCCUUUGCUCUAACCAAACAAUACUCAGUUUAUAUACCGGACCUCCUCUUCUUCGGUGGCUCUAUCACCGACAAAACCGACAGGUCACCGAGUUUCCAAGCGGAGUGUUUGGUUGCGGGGUUAAGGAAGCUCGGGGUGGAGAGGUGCACUGUGGUUGGGUUUAGCUAUGGUGGGACGGUAGCGUUCAAAAUGGCUGAGCUGCAUGCAGACUUGGUUGAGGCCGUGGUGGUGUCCGGUUCGGUCAUAGAGCUGACUGACUCCACCAAUGAACCAAUGCUGCAAAACCUUGGGUAUUCUUCUGUUUCGGAGAUGUUGUUGCCUACUUCUGCUAAGGCUUUGAAAAGGAUUAUCUCUCUUGCUUCACACAAAAAGCUGUGGUUGCCGGAUCGCUUUUACAAAGACUUCCUUGAGGUGAUGUAUAACAACAGGAAGGAAAGAGGUGAACUCCUAGAAGCUUUUGUCAUCAGCAACAAGGAUUUCACGGUUCCCAAUUUCCCACAGAUGAUACAUCUCUUAUGGGGUGAGAAUGAUCGGCUUUUGAAGCUAGAAAUUGCCCAAAACUUGAAAGGGCAACUAGGAGAAAAUGCCUCAUUCCAAGGGAUAAAAAAGGCCGGUCACUUAGUUCAUCUUGAACAUCCUUGUGUUUACAGCAGGUGUCUGAAGCAGUUCCUUGCCUCCUUGCACGAAGAUAAAGCUCGGAAAUGACGAGCUUAGUGUUAAGUUCAAUGAAGAAUGAUAUAAUUUAACAUCUAAAUAUGCGAGGCAGAAAUUGUUUCGUUAGGAUCUUUAGUAUUGGCAAAUUCCUUGACAAAUUUGAAUGUAAUUUGGGUCAUAAACCUUCGAAUUCAUAUGAUCUAACCUUUGUCUUGUGAUGUGAUAAUUUCAGGUCUUUGACGUUGUUCA